AUGAACGUCAAGCAGAAAAGCCCUGCCAUUGUUCAGAGAUCAGGGUCAACCAGUGAUGAUCUUUUGCAGUUUGUGGAGAUGGACACCUUUGGCAGUAAGUUACAGCAGAAGGCUCUGCAGCAACCUAAGCAGAAGAAAUCCAAGUCGGCUGAAUUUCUGAUGGGUGAAGAAGAGAGAGCUACUGUGGUGGGCAUAGAAAACCCAGCCUUCGAUGAAGGAAGAAGCACCGAGCUUUCCAUUCCUUCGGUUUGGCUGGGGAGAGAAAUUCGAGGUGACAGGCCAGAUAGCACCCUUGCAGCUCACCAAAAAAAAAUGGAGCUGCAAGCCCCUGCCAAAGAAAGAGGAAAUGAGCGCGCCCAAAAUUACUUUGACCCGACGUCGGCAGAGCAGACAGACCCAAGGCAUUGCGGGAUGGCUGGGGUCAGCGCUGAAGAUGAGCUGGAAUUAACAAUAUUGAAUUCUGAUGAAAACAGACUGUAUGAAAGGAUGGCUGCACUGCUGGAUGAGGAUGAUACCUUCAUAGACAUACCAGGUACGCUGCAAGCCUCCAGGGAUGAGGAGGUGUUGGAGGUGAAGGCGGGUGAUCUGGUGCUUCAGCGGCGACUGCUGCUCCACAGUGGUGGUGAUGCCUCGGGCUCCAGGCCCUCCCAGGCCCGUACCAUUGCCAAAACCCAGGCUGAGGGGAGUGCUGGGCAGGGAGGAGAGGCUGGACUCGAAGCAGGGAGGAUGGUAAUGGGCAGAGAAAGCGCUGUAAAAAUGAAGACAGCUGAGGAGGUGAUCCCCCACUACGCCCAGCAGCUGAGGGAGCGUGUGCGGCCUGACAUGAUCACGCUUGGCAGCCUUUCACUGCAGCAGCAAGCGGCUCAGAAGGGACCCCUGAAGAGGAGUGAGUGGGCAAAGAGAAAAAAAAGACUAAUGGCCCUCUUCACUGGCAAUGUUAAGCAGCCCAAUUCACAAAGAGACUGCGAUGAGGCGGCGAGACCACAACCCAGGCUGAACACACUGCUCCACUGCAGCAGAAACACUGAGAGCCUGUCACUCAGAGUGCUGGGGGAAGGCCAAGAAGAAGCGAUAGCCAAAUACAGCCAGAUGACAGAGCUCCCACAAUCCUCUUCUUCAGCAUCACGGCCCCUGUGGCAGAGAGACCAGAACAACGCUCUCCAGCCUCUGGAGGUGUGUGUGUGCUGCCUAAGAGCCACCAGAGACAAGCUUCCCAGGGGUCUCUAUACUGUCAGUAUGGCCCUUCACAGCCGUCUCGGGGGUCCAGCUCUGCCCUGGUACAAUAAGAAAAACCAGCAAACAUGGGCAACGUCCACUGAGCCGACAGAGCAUCGGGGCCGCUUCUACGACAAUGACCUGCACAUUAACCAGAGCCUGUUGACGAUCUUACCUGCCGCCUGUGAGAUCGCCCCCUCCAUGGUCCUAAUAUUCCAACUGAUCACACUACCAGGAGACAGCAGCCACAUCAGCUCCGUACUGGCCUGGGGGGCAUUUCCGGUUUGUGGGCCAAGCCUCAGUCUCAUCCAGGGCAGGUUCAAAACUCCAAUGCUCAGGGGGGAGCCCAGCACGCAACUGGACCAGUUUAAAAAAAUUGAAGCCCUCAUCUCCUCUGAUCUAGACCACUGGCUGUGCAACCUGUAUUUUCAGGUAAAAAGGCUUCCACCUGGCGCAUCUGGGGGGCAGGAACACUGCAUCACCGUAUCGAUACCAACUUCUAACCUCCCUGUCAUGCCCCAACCUGAGGUCCAUCAUGAUCAACCCCAGAACCAGCUGCCACUCCAGCUCCCAUCACAGUCCCACUUCUGUCCUCAACCCAUCCAUCCACAGUUCCAACAGCAGGGGCAUGCGGGCCCCAGCCGCAGAGCAGAAGAGCCCACUGUGCUGCAUUCUCACCGGGGGUCUCCUCUCCACCUGUCAGCUGAUUCUGCUUGCUCUUCCUCAUCUCUGCCAGGGAAGAAUUUCUCCUCAGGAGCCUUUUCUGGAAACACUGGGGAGAAGAGUGAUCCAUGUAGGGAGAAAGCAGAGGGUGGGAUUCACUACAAGAAGAAGCCAAUCAAGAAGACAAAUAGCUGUGGCCCCAGCAUGAGCGGCAGAAGUGCACCGCCUCGGCAGGCAGACAAACAGAAGAUGCAGCCUUCAAUGGAGAACCUCUCCACGGAGGAGAUGGAGGAGUAUACAUUCUCCCUACAAUCACCGCUGCCUGGACCUAGUUCCUGUCCUCCGAGCCUGUCUGACCGAGCCCGCCUGGCCCUCUGCAUGCUGCCGUCCGAGCUGGGCCUGCCGUUGCCCCGGCAACAACAACAACUGCAUAGUAGCUGGCAUGGCUCCGUUCGGCAGCUCGGCCUCAUUAUGCUGCUGCUGGCUUUGAUGUGGUUUGUGAGGCUCUACCUGCAUUACUGCAGCCAGUGGCUCUACCUCCAGGCCAUAGCAGUUCCUGUCAACAAAUUCCACUUCCACGCACACACGGUAGACCUCGUGUACCAGAGUUCUUUGCUCCACACCCGGGAGGAGCUGGCAAUGGUGGUAGUGGGUCCCCUGACCUUGAACGCAAUAACGUUCCUGCUGGUUCUGAUCAGAUGUGGCUGUCAACAGAUAUUUGGCUCACUCCCUUCCUUCACGUCAAAGUUUAUCAUGGCUCAGGGAGUGUGGACAGUCCUCGACCCCCUGGCAGUCUUUGCAGUGGACGCCGUCCUCGGGCGUCUCGCCUACAGCCCCGAUGCACCAGUUGCUGAUGCAGCCAAGCUUUACUGGCACUUCUAUCGAGUUGACCGAUCAGGUGCAGCAGGAGUGAUCAUCACCCUGUUCCUCUAUGCAGUUCUUUUCCUGCUUUCUAUCACCAUCCUCUCCAUUUACCUGCUCAGAUUUCACAAUGAUGGCCGCAUGCUGGAUAUCUUUCAGCGACUCACAGCCAAGGAAGGGAUGUACUUCCUGCCUCAGGACCUGGAGCUGUCCAAUCAGGAACUGAGCUACGUUGUCAAGAAGGCAGAGCAGUGGAGGGGCUUCAAUGGGGAGAGACGCAAGGUGGCUGUUAAUGACUAUAUCUGGACGGCAGAGGACCCCUUGUCAGACUCUGAAACCCCUUGUGAUGAACGGCACAGGGAAGGUGCACCCCUCCCAGAGGGUGAGACCAGCACCCAUGUGACAGUCUACACUCUGUACCUGAGCGGGCUGAAGCAAAGAUACAGGCACUUCCUCCGACAUCCGGAUGGGGCUAUCGUUGAAGUGAUUGGUGACGUGGAGAGGGCCGACAGUGCAGCAAGGAUGCUGCCCUGCCAGGGUCAGAGCUCUGCCAAUCAGAGGGAGGACAAAGGAGGUGCAAGUGCUUCUCUCCAGUUACGGAAACGGAAGAAACUGUUUGGACGGUCCCAUCGUGUCGAGCCAGUAGGGGGAAGCGGAUGCGGCUCCAGCUUUGCACUGCAGGACCUCAGUCAAUGAUAUCACAAAGACAGUCGGACCUCAAACUGAUGACAAUCAUCUGACAUUAAGAAUCUGCAAUAUACUAUGUAAAAGUUGUUACAUUUCUAAAUACUUGAAUUUUUUCCGGCCCUGUGUAUGGUUGUUAGAUUCAAAUAUGAAAAACUCUGCUGAUUAGUUUCUCAACUGUAAGUAGUUUAGAUUAUAUUGCUGACUUGGAAAUGCACUACAAUGCAUCUCAUAAGCAAAUUUUAACAGCUGGUUUUUACACACGUCAACAU